CAGCGGCCUAUACUGUACUGUACACUGUGCAUCUCGCUCCAUUCAUUCAUUCUAGUCACUACUUGCCAGAAGCCCUAUCCUGGUAUCACCUGCAUUGCAUGGCAUAACCUAGCAUGAUCACAUUUCUUUGCGCUCCUGGAAAAGACGGGCCAAGCCUUUUUUUUUUCGCAGAAAAUGAAAGAGCAGGAAUUGAUGACCUUGCGCCUCUCCAGAUCGAGUAAGAUUCCCAGCAGAAGCAAGCAAAUGCCAUUAGUUAGCGGUUGGCGGGGAGGAGUAGUUAGUGCUGACUGACGUCUUGGAUGCCGACAAUUAUUCCCAAGAUAGAGGAGGUCUCCCGCCUCGAAAGCAACCUUAUACGCGAAGAGCUUGACCCAUCCUUUGGGCGUAUACAUAGCCUAAAAACGCACCCGCCCUCAAAAUCGUCAUUGCCGGACGACCCUCGCGCACCGAGCGUGGACUAUGUUGGCUCGAACACCGCUACGCGACCCGGCGUUAUACCACAGAAGUAAAGGAGCCGAUGACCUUUCAAGUAAUCCAGGGUCAUCCUACCUGGGAGUAAACAAUGUCGAUAGUCGACGAGGAGGAUCAGCCGCUCCGAUGAGACCCGGAUACUCGCGACGGAGUCCCAUUACCCCGAAAACUCCUUCAGUUGAGCCCACUGAGCAAGUGAACGAGAGAUGGAACGCACCCUCAAAGUCCAUUGUCAUUCACCGCAUGCCAGCUCAUACUCGGGAUGUAGCACACAAGGAGCAGCUAAUCAGAGGAAGAGUCGAUGAGGUGAAGACGCAUGGCAUUGUACUCGAUCAGUCAAGACCAGGCCUGAAAAGUGACCAUGCGUUCUCUGUAACACAUCAAAAUCUGGGAGGUGGAAGAAAUCAAUGGAAAGAAUAUACAUUGAAAAGUACAAGGAUUGUCAAAGACAAUUACCGGCCAACAAGAUCCAUUGGCUUACUCAUUUUGUCCCACCACCCAUGACUACCUACUACUUCGCAUACUACUACGCUCAGGUGUUU